AUGAAUCCGUGGGAAACAUCAACAGCCAAAUGCACUGCUGAAGGCGUUGACACCAACCAAGCUGAGGAGCUGAAGAGGAUACUGGUGACAUAUGAAACGAGCUCUGGACAGUCGAUCAAUAUGGAGAAGUCCUCUAUUUUCUUCAGCAAAAAUAUGGAGCAGGACAAAAAGCUGGAAAUAUGCUGCAAGCUGGGGAAUAUCCAGAUGGUCAGCCAAGGCAAAUACCUGGGGCUGCCUAUGGUGAUAACGAGGACUAAGGACCAAAUCUUUGGAUUCAUCCGAGAUAACAUUCAAAAGAAGUUUGGAAGCUGGAAACAGAAAUUGCUGAAUCAAGCAGGGAAGGAGAUCUUGUUAAAAGCAGUGACUCUAGCAAUGCCAACCUAUGCUAUGUCAUGCUUUAAACUACCUCUGAAACUGUGUAAAGAGAUCAGUGCACUAAUGGCAAUUUUUUAA